CACACACACAUCACAGCAAAAUUGUUUCUGUUUGUGUACGCACCUCUGUUUUGUCUUGCAGCAUCUGGAGAACCACCACAAUAAAGUAGCAGUCCUCAGUGUCACGGCCCUGGCUCCUGUGACCCAGCGCUUUGAGGCAGCUGUGGUCCAGUCUUACCCUGCACUCGUAUCAGUUUCCCGGGUGAGGGGGGCAGGGGCUCAGUUGGUCUCUGCUCCGGUUUCCAGGUCUGCUGAGGUUCUGCUAGUCCCUGUAUGCGUACCAGCUCAUCAGGUGGGGACAGCAGCUGCUCAGCCAUUGCUGGUGCCUGUACUGUCUCCCAGGGUGAGGGUAGCCGUGAACCAGCUCGCUCCUCCAACUGUACCUACUCCUCGUCUCCACUGGGGUCUCUGGUGAGCCGCUCCAGCACUCAAUGGCUUCCAUGCCGUUGUCUGUUUCUGCUGGUGACUCAGGAAAGCCCGUCCAGCCAUCAGCUCCACCUACUGCACAACCACCAACUCACCCGCCUGUGGCAGCCACACCACCUUUGGCACAGACACCAGAUCAUGCACCACAAGUUUCCAUGUCACCUCCAGCUCAACCUAAAGCUUGCGGCUGCCACACCGCCAACUGCUCAGCCGUCUGUGGCUGCUGCACCAUCAUUUGUUCGAGCUACAUCGCCUGUGGCUGCCAAGCCGCCACCGGUGCAACCACCUGCGGUUGCCAUGCCGCUGUCUGGUCCUGUCUUGUCUGAUCCUGCGCAUCGGCCACCUGCCAUGGUGCCCGGAAAUUAUCAUACGUCCAUGACCUGCACUGCCUGUCAGUCCACGACCAACUGCCAAGCCCUGUCCAGCGCCUGCCAAGCUUUGUUUGCCGCAUGCCGAGACAGCCCGUCCAUGGAAACCCACCAAGCUACUAAAGGCUCCUCUUCCACAUCCAUGCCACAGUAGUCCACCCACCUCGCUGCCCCAGGGUCAUCGUCCACACCUGCUGUCACCGCCUUCUGCGCAGUGGGCCUCCUGAUCUGCUCCGUCACCGGAGUCGGCCCUCUGAUGGGCCUGAUUAUAGACUCUGUGCAGUUAACUGUGUUUUCGGACUUUGUUCACCUGGAAUCCGGGUUGGCCACCUGAACUGCUUCGCCCUGAACUCUUGUGCCAUCGAGCUCCGGGUCAACACUGCGACCUCCAAAUCGACACUUACAACACUGCACCGUACAACAGC